UGGGGCUGCUACUGCCGUGGCUUGUCGAACAGCUCAGGCUUCUCUGAAGACUUGAAGUGAGGCCCGGUGGGGCUCAGAGAAGACAUCUCCAGAAUCCUCCUUACUUUCCCUCAAGAUGACAAACAGCUCUACCUUCUGCCCAGUUUACAGAGAUCUGGAGCCGUUCACUUAUUUUUUUUAUUUAGUUUUCCUUGUUGGAAUUAUUGGAAGUUGUUUCGCAGCCUGGGCUUUCACCCAGAAGAACACAAACCGCAGGUGCAUAAGCAUAUACUUAGUCAAUCUGCUGACAGCCGACGUCCUGCUCACUCUGGCGUUACCAGUGAAAAUUGUUGUCGACUUGGGUGUGGCACCGUGGAAGCUGAGGAUAUUCCACUGCCAGGUAACAGCAUGCCUCAUCUACAUUAAUAUGUACUUAUCAAUUAUCUUCUUGGCCUUUGUCAGCAUUGAUCGCUGUCUUCAGCUGACACACAGCUACAAGGUUUAUCGAAUACAAGAACCUGGAUUUGCCAAAAUGAUAUCGACCGUCGUGUGGCUAAUGGUCCUUCUUAUCAUGGUGCCCAACAUGGUGAUUCCCAUCAAAGAUAUCGAGGAAAAGCCAAACGUGGGCUGCAUGGAAUUCAAGAAAGAGUUUGGAAGAAAUUGGCAUCUGUUGACAAAUUUCAUAUGUGUGGCCAUAUUUUUAAAUUUCUCAGCCAUCAUUUUAAUAUCUAACUGCCUGGUAAUCCGAAAACUCUACAGACACAAAGACAAUGAAGACUAUCCAAACGUGAAAAGAGCUCUCAUCAACAUCCUUUUAGUGACUGCAGCCUACAUCAUCUGUUUUGUUCCUUAUCACAUUGUCCGCAUCCCAUACACCCUCAGCCAGACAGAGGUCAUAUCGGACUGCCCGACCAGGAUAGCACUCUUCAAAGCCAAAGAGGCCACGCUGCUACUGGCCGUGUCGAACCUGUGCUUCGAUCCCAUCCUGUACUAUCAUCUCUCGAAAGCCUUCCGCUUAAAGGUCGCUGAGACUUUCACUUCACAUAAGGAGACCAAGGCUCAGAAAGGAAAAUCAAGCUGUGAAAACGAUGCAUAACAUACAGGAUUUUUCAUGCUCUCCCUUCUUGCCUUACUGGACAAUAAGUACAAAACUACUAGGAGAGAGAAACAAAGAGCUUCAGUAAACACACAGAUAGCCCGCAAACGUGGCCCGCUUCACUGAGAAACCCUGUUUCUAAAUGCAUGCCACGUAGGGGCGGUCCUGUGGUUGCUGAUGCUCCUCGACCCGAAUAGCUGUACAAAAAAACUCAAGUCUUGCCAAACCAAUGCACAACCCUGUACCUAACAUCCCCGAAAUCCAAAUGAGUUCUACGACAUAGACUCAGAGGUAUUCAUCUAAGUGCCUGCAAGUGACUUCUUGCUAGAAAUAGGCAAAGUCAUCUCUCUGUAUAAGUUGCCAGAAAGCCUUUCAUUCAGCAACACAAUUUAAAGCGCUUUAGAUCACUAAAAAAAAAAAAAAAAAAAUGCCAGCCGAUGUUUACGUGAAACCAUCUGUGACUGAUUUAUUUUUACUCCAUCCCUUCAAAGAUGGUAACCUUCUACCACAUACUCCAAUUUUUACCAUCUAACUGUUUCCUAACAAAAUAGCUAAAAAUUUUUACCUCUAAACAGGCUUGGAAAUACAUGGGUAGUUUUUAAUGCCCUGUAUAGACUUACAUUCUACUGAAGGUUAUAA